GGUGAAGCGCACCGUGUUCAGCCCGAUGCCGGUGAGCGGCCGUUGGAACGCGUGGCAGAGAAAGCUUGCGCGAGCCCAGGGCGCGAAGAAGUACAACAAAGGGCCAACGGGGAGGUCCAACGGUCCGACCCCAGCCGGACUCGAGCUCACUCGGUUGCAGGCGUUAGGCUCCCAGCGGCUCUCAGCCGUUAAGUGGAGAAUGUUCAGGACUGUGGAGGCGCGCUCCGCACCUGGCCUGAAAGCGGGAGAUUUGGCAACCAGUGCGCGUGGGUGCGCCGGCCCUUGCCGCUGGGGACUCUGGAGGCAGACCUUGCCCAAAGCCAGAGGCGGGAACUCCCCAGAUCCUCCCAGGGUAGCAUGGGAGGAUGCCGCCUCCUCCAGGAAGCUCUCUAGCGCUUUUCCGAGUCCUGGAGCCAGGCGGGACUUCUCUGUGGUCGCCUAGAAGGGUAUGAACUUAGGGCAUCCCCAUCUGGGCUGUGAAGGUUUCUGACUUGGGGACCAGGUGCUCAGACCUUCCUGGAUGCUGCUUUCCACAAUAGCUCUACCAGGCAGGCAGGUUCUCUUCAUUUUGCAAAUUUGGUGAAACAGCAUUUGUAAAACUUUAGAAGCUUCCUUGGCUCACACAGGUGGUAGUGGCCCUGUCAGGAUUUGACCCAGGCUCUCGGAUUCCAGAGUUCCUGAAUUUAACCACCUGUACUGUGAUGCCUCCUUAUCAUGUGUGCAUCGUGCAUUACUAUUUUUUAUAGCCUGUAGGGUACUGAGCACCAUGCACACCUACAGUGAUCACAGGCACUGCCUACUGGAAGGUCUUCUUUGGCUGGGUUCCAGUUUCCUCAGACGAUGUAGGGCAGGGAGUUCCACUUGUUAGCAUAUCCCACAGGGCCUUUCUCUUCAAAUGGACCCCAGCAGCCAACCACACAGCUGCCUCAGCAAGCGUAGGAGAUGGCACAUUAGAGACCAACAAUUGUCAGCACAGCAAAACUGGGCAUUUCUUUUCUUACUGAGCUUUGCAGCUACCUACACAGUUGUGUGUGGCAUCUCCUCCUGGGCGCAAGGACAUGAGAUGACAUCAGGGUCUUGCUGUGUCAUCCAGGCUGGAGUGCAGUGAUAUGAGCAUGGCUCACUGCAGCCUCGACCUCCCAGCUUCAAGCAAUGCUCCCACCUUGGCCUCCCAAAGUGCUGGGAUUACAGGCAUGAGCCACCAUGCCUGGCCAUUGCCAUUGCAGUAAGUUUUGAAAUCACUUCAGCUGGUUCUCCUGAACCUUGAAUUAUCUUAGGAAAGAUUGUAUUUUCAGGAAUUAAGUCUAUUGGAGACACAGCAGGACUCCACAGCCAGCUAGAUUUGGAUAAAAUGUAGACCGCCUCAAGGCCAGUGUGUUGACUUCUGACCAGUCUCAUCUGAACCCACACCCUUUAACAUAUAUACAAAACACCCUGAAGGGUUGGGCUGCCAGCUUUCUUUAGGAUGAUAGAGGGCAGGUUAAGUUUGUUUGACAUAACUAGAAGAGGUGGAGACUCUUCCUAAUGGAGCAAGGUCCAUUUAUGGCGAAUUGUGGUCCCCCACCACUAUCAGCUACUUCUGGAUAGCUUUUGCUUAAAGUUGAUGAGAUAUUGUUUCUUUCACUAGAAGAAAAUGAAUGAGUUGGUGAUCCCAAACUUUGGUCUCCAAAGGAAGCCUGGGCAGGUGACAAAGGUGUCCUAAGCGAGACUGCUGCUUCCAUGCUCAUGCUGGAGGUACAUUUGCCCUGAAAGAUGGAGCAAAAGUGCUGAAGCUUAGCACAGAGGAUUAAUGAAUAAGAACAAGGCUAUGUUAUAUCAUAUUUGUAUAGCAAUCUGGAAAAGAAAGAACGGGGCUUGUUAAGGCAAAUGGGCAAGACAAAACGGGAUAUCUAUAGGCAGCAAGGGGUCCUGCCAGUCUAAGACUAAUGGAAAACUGGCCCAUAGCCAGGUAUUUUCUCAAUGGUGUUCACUACACCAAGUCAGAGGGCUACUUUGUCUAGAUAGAGCCCAGGUAUUGUGAGUGAGUGCAGGAAUAGAAGUGUCUCCUUAAAGGUGUAUGUAUGGUGUUCUCCUGGGAGACUGUAACAGAUGUGCCCUGGGCAAGACCACGCCAGCAGCUGUGAAUGAUGCUGAGCAUACAAAUACCCUGGAGCCCAGGAAUGGGGCUGCCUCCGCCCAGUGUAUCACCUGUGCUCCAGACUGUGUACCCCAGGUCCUCUGCCAGUAGCAUCUCCAAUCACAGGUGAAAUGCCAGCCCUUCAAACAGCACAGGUGGGCCCUAGGUGUCUGAUGGAAGGAAUGAACAGAUAUAUCACGUGGCAUGCAUUUCUUCUCAGUGGUGCAGGUAUCUCCAGCAGGUUUGCUCUGGCCAGGUGGGCCCCAGUACUUAGACCAUAUGCAGGAAGAGAAGACUCUCUAAAAAUAGGUAUGAUGUUGGCCCCUUCCAUUGCAACACAUGUGCCUUGGACAGGUGGGAUUCAGGUGUUCUGGCUAUAGGUAGGAACAUAAAGGCAUCCGAGCAUAGAUGCAGUGCUGGUCCCUUAGACUGCAACAGGUGUACUUUAGUUAGGUGUGCCCCAGGUGGCUUGACUGGGACAGGAAGAGAAGGAUCUCAGCACAGGUAUGGUGCUGGUCCCUUCCACUGGAACACAAGUGCUCUGGCCAAACAGGUCCCAGGUGAUCUGAACAAAAGGGGGAACAGCCGUGUCUUCUGAAACACUCCUUCUCAGUGAUCACAAAUCUUCCAGUAGUAGUAGGCGUGUUUUGGCUGGGCUGGCACCAGGUGCUCUAACUACUGGUGGGAAGGAAAGUGUUUCCCAGGGCAGAUUUGAUUUGCUCUCAGCAGUGCCGGCUUCUCCAAUUGCAGCAGGGGUGCAUCAGGGCUGACAGGACCCUGGUGCUCAGGUCUAAGCCUCCCCCAUCAUGAGCUGUGGUACUGGCUGUCCCCCAGCCAUUUUGCUCCAAAGCUAAGCGAUCUAGAUGUGGUGGUAGACUCUGCGUGGUAGACCCAAUGACCCCAAAGCUUUUGCUAUCCAUAAGGGCUUCAGAUCCCACAAAUACAAAUUGGCUUGGAUUGGCAUCAGCAAGAAAUGA